GUUACAAACUUUGGACUUUGCAGAGCUGGUUAAGUGUCUUUGGGUCAGACUGAUGCAUGAAAUAAAAGGCAAUUCAAAAGGGAUAUGGGAAAGAGAAAAAAUGCAAAUGUUUAUGUUGAAAUAACAUAUCAGAAAAAUGAUUAAAUAGUGAUAGUGAAGAGUAAGAAAAUAAGGGAUGAACAUGAGGCACAGUGACCUUCAUCUUUAACCUUUGACCUCCAAACUUUAAUCAGUCCAACCUUGUUUCUGAGUGGUAAUGUAUGCAAAAUUUGAAGAAAAUCUCUGUUUAAACAAGAAUGGACAACCUGUAUGUGUAAAGUCUUGAGCUUCAGAAAAGAAAACAAAGAUCUAGAGUUGUAUUUUUAACUAAGUGCCCCGUCAGUCUGUCUAAAGCGCCUUGAGACAAGUCUAGGUGUGCCGUGAGAAUUUAUUCAUUGUUACUAUAACUACACAAUAACUACAGAUACUGUCACAUGAUUCAAAGAGGCACUAUUGCAUGGGAAAUGGAUUAAGUGUGCCUUUAGAUUUUGGCUUUGUUUUAGGUGUGCCUUGAAGUUUGAAAAUCACUGGUCUUAACUGUUUUAGUGUUCCCAACAUCCAUUUAAAAUAAAAGCACUCCGGGGAAGUCAGGCUGGAGAGAAGCGAGGGAAACCAUGUCCAAACACUGUCAACAUUUUUUUGCAACUUAAGACAGUGUGCAGGAGUUUUGCCUGCAAUUUUUAGUAGUUAGGAGCAACAAAUUGCCCAAUAGUGGGUGUCAAAGUCUUCUGUUUUUGCUGCUGUGGCAGGAGACAGGCUUUAUUAUCAUUUAAUUUGCACUUGAAUGAUAUCAAAGUUUGUAAUUCUUGUAUAGUGACACACAGAAAAUAGGGUUGAAUGAUUUGCAAAAAAUAAUCUAAUAGCAAUUCUUUAGGUUCCUAAUCUUAUGUGUUGUUCAACAAUAUAGAAAAGAAAUCAUUCUAUAUCAUAACAAACACAGUAUAAGGUAAGUUAAACAAGGGAUAAACAAUUUAGAAAAAAACAUCGUAGUGCAAUUUCCACUGGCAUUGCUGAUUUGAUAUCAGUUGCUAUAUUAAAGGGGACGAUCAUUUUUCAUAAUAUUCUCAUUUUGAUGAGGAAAAUCAAAUACAUCAACAAGAAAAGUCGGAGUUUUGUUAUAAAAAUAAAAAUGACACUUGGAUGUUCGCAUAAAGUGUAGAGCAUGACAAAAAAAAGAAAAACAUGUUUUAAACUGGUAUUCUGACACAUUUCAGGCUAAAGAAAUAUUGCACUGCCUGCAAUUUAAAAAUUGCAGCAUGCCAUAUUGCGACUUAAUAAUACUUGCAAUUAUUUUCCACAUCCCUAACCGAAAAGCAUGAUCAGAAUACUCACUAGUAAUGUAAUUUGUUUAUCAAUACCAUCGUUUAGUUCUACAUUUUUUCUGAUGAAAAUUUCAAGUUUAACAGAGCUUUCUUUUUUGCUGUGUAGAAAUUGAGUUCGCAAUAAAUAAAAGGCCAGUCUUUUAUUAAAGCCUGUCCAAGGUAAAAGCCUCAUGUCAGAGACCAAAAGAAACAAAACUUGAAAUAUAUUUACUUUAUAAAUCCUGCUAACUUACAUGCUGUUUGGGAAAAGAUCUUGUAUAUUUUUGGGGAAAAAAAGCUGUAAACAUUAAGUCAAUACUCUUAGAAUUUGUGUGAUAUUUAUUUUAUUUUUCAUAUCAGUAAUGUCUUUAAAGAUUUAUUUCUGAGUGGACAGUGGAUAGAAUCAGCAACAGGGAAGAAAGAGUAGUAAGGAGCCACAAGCCAGACUUGAACAUGUGACGCCACUUUCAUCGCUAGGCCAUCUUUACCCCAAUAUUUUUAAGUUGACGUCAUCAUGGAUGUUGUCGUGACUACCCACACCGUCAGGGCGCUGACUGGUGGCUCGCCACCUUUAACUCAAGAGCCCAACGUGGUGACAAUUGGCCCCAACACUACAGACAAUGGAGAUUUGGCAGCUUUAAUUGGAGGGAUCGUCGCUGCAGUGCUGCUGCUCCUCAUCUGCCUGAUCGCCGUGCUGCUGUGGUGUCUGUCCAGGCAAAAAGGCUCGUACGUCACUAACGAGAUGGAUGAAGACGACGAUUUCAAUGAGGACGAUGAAGAAUCCGUCACUUCUGAUACGGCGCUCCAAAGCAAGGAACCUCUGAAGCCCAAAGAAGAAGAAUAAAGAUGGAAACAUUAGGAAACGGACAUAGAUUUGCUGUGGGAGAUUAAAAAGUCUAGAUUUUUCUUUUUUUUUAAAAGUCAAAUCUUUAAGCUGCACAGAGCAACUUUGCACAUUGCUGCAACCAAAACAGCAGCAAGAAAAAAAUUGUGUGAUACUUAUUUUUCAGCAGCUGUUGGGAGACACGUAACAGCAAAUCAAUAUUUUCACAGAAGGACUUUUCCUCUAAAUACAUUUGUAAUGUGAGUUUUCAUGUAACAGCUCUUCAAAUGUGAAAGUUUGUCAAAGAGAGUUUGCAAUAAUACUGAUAAAAUGUGCAAAAACACCAAAAUAGGCAGAUGAAAAAGGAAGAAAGAUGAAAAGCACUUAUAUUCAUUGGAUAAUUGUUUUUUUUACAUAUAAAGAUAUUCUUUUUAUUUCUCUGUUGACACAUUUAUUCUAUUAAACUCUGGUUUUGUUUUAUAAACAUUUUUGUUAAUAAAGUUUACAUUUUUUUUGUGUAUGUGAUUUGACUGCAAUGUUGUGAUAGCAUUGUUCCAUUUUAACUAUGUCCAAUGGCUCCAUCUCAUGGACGAUAAUAUGUACUGCAGUCUUUAAUCAAUGGCAUCUGUUUUGCUUGUUUAAGGGUUUAAUAUAUGCACACAGCUGCACUGCCCUUUCUUUCAUUUUUAAAUAAACAUGACCAUUAUCAAAGA